AGUUGAGCAGCCGGUUUCUGAAGGAGCUGGAGCAUCCCAGCCCAGAUGGGACCUCACCAUCAGAUGGAUGGAAGAGCCGCAACUGCUUGCAAAGUGCUUAUGUUGUUCACUGCAUGCAUAAUACAGGCUAGUUGCCAAGGAUGUGAGCGUGGGCAGUUUCGCUGUGGAAAUGGUCGCUGCAUUCCAGCAGACUGGAGGUGUGAUGGGGCCAGAGACUGCUCAGAUGAUACAGAUGAAGCUGGUUGUCCACAACCAACAUGCGAGGGAAAUCAGUUUCAGUGUCAGACUGAUGGUGAAUGUAUCCCACAAUCAUGGGUUUGUGAUGAUGAGGAAGACUGUGAAGAUGGCUCAGAUGAGCAUCAACAAUGCCCGGGAAGGACGUGCUCAAGCCGGCAGUUCACGUGUUCAAAUGGACAAUGUAUCCCAAGUGCAUACAGGUGUGAUCGAGUAAAGGACUGCACUGAUGGAACAGAUGAAAGAGACUGCCGCUACCCAACAUGUGAACAGUUAUCUUGUGCAAACGGAGCGUGUUUUAAUGCAAGCCAGCGAUGUGAUAGCAAAGUGGAUUGCAGAGAUUCUUCUGAUGAAGCUAAUUGCACACGUGGAUGUGCCAGUACGCAGUUUCAGUGUGCUAAUGGAGAAUGUAUUCCCCGAGCCUUUAUCUGUGACCAUGAUGACGACUGUGGAGACAGGAGUGAUGAAAAAUCUUGUACUUAUGCAACUUGCAGAGGCAACUUUUUCACUUGCCCAAGUGGCCGCUGCAUUCAUCAGAGCUGGAUAUGUGAUGGAGAUGAUGACUGUGAAGAUAAUGAAGAUGAAAGAGGAUGUGAAAGUGGCCGCCAUGAAUGUUACCCAGGAGAAUGGGCCUGCCCUGAGUCAGGGCACUGCAUUCCAAUUGGGAAAGUGUGUGAUGGGACUGCAGACUGUCCUGCGGGAGAAGAUGAAACUAACGUCACUGCAGGCAGACAUUGCAACAUAUCACGCUGCGCUGCCAUGAGCUGCCAGUAUCGCUGUCAUUCUUCACCCUCAGGAGGGAUGUGUUACUGCCCUGCAGGAUAUAUAAUAAGUAGCAAUGACAGUCGUACUUGUGUUGAUUUUGAUGACUGCAAAAUGUGGGGUGUCUGUGACCAGCUGUGUGAAGAUCGUGUGGGACAUCACCAGUGCCACUGUGUGGAAGGUUAUGUCCUAGAACAUCAUCGGCACUGUCGAGCCAACACUUCGGCUGGUGUUGCAUCAAUUAUUUUUUCCAAUGGCCGUGAUUUAUUGAUUGGAGAUCUUCAUGGAAGGAGUUUUCGUACUUUGGUACAGUCACGGAAUCGUGGAGUUGCAGUUGGAGUGGACUUUCACUUUUACCUGCACAGAAUCUUUUGGACUGAUACAGUACAAGAUAAGGUUUUUUCCAUAAAUAUUGAUGGCUCUGAAAUUCAAGAAGUUUUAAAUGUUUCGGUUGACACUCCUGAAAAUCUAGCAGUGGAUUGGGUUAACAAUAAAUUGUAUGUGGUCGAGACCAGCGUGAACAGAAUAGAUAUGGUUGACUUGGAUGGAACAAACCGUGUCACUCUUAUUGCUGAAAAUCUGGGAAAUCCUAGAGGAAUAGCACUUGAUCCAACUGUUGGAUAUUUAUUUUUCUCAGACUGGGAUAGUCUUUCUGGUGAUCCUAAAGUGGAAAGGGCCUUCAUGGAUGGUACAAACCGACAGGAUUUGAUAAAAACAAAAUUAGGCUGGCCUGCUGGAAUAACGCUGGAUAUUGUAUCAAAGAGGCUUUACUGGGUUGACAGCCGGUUUGACUACAUUGAGACUGUAACUUAUGAUGGGCUCCAAAGGAGAACAAUAGCUCAUGGAGGCUCACUGAUUCCUCAUCCAUAUGGAAUAACUUUAUUUGAACACAGUGUUUAUUUCACUGAUUGGACCAAACUGGCAGUGGUGAAAGCUAACAAGUUUUCAGAAUCUAACCCUCAAGUGAUCUACCAGUCUUCAUUAAGACCUUAUGGAGUGACAGUUUACCAUGCUGCCAGGCAGCCAUAUGUGAGAAAUCCUUGUGGAAGUAAUAAUGGGGGAUGUGAACAGAUCUGUGUUCUCAGCCACAAAACAGAUAAUGAUGGACUAGGUUAUCGCUGUAGAUGUGUACUGGGCUUUGACCUACAUGUAGAUGGACGACACUGCAUCGCUGUGCAGCAGUUCCUGCUCUUUUCAUCCCAGCUGGCGGUGCGGGGAAUCCCAUUCAAUCUUUCCACCCAGGAAGAUGUGAUCAUCCCCAUAACAGGGAGCCCUUCAUACUUCAUUGGAAUUGAUUUCUGUGCUCAGGAUGACACCAUAUUUUUUUCAGACACAAGUAAAGACAUAAUCUAUAAACAGAAAACUGAUGGUUCAGGAAGAGAGAUCCUGACGGCUAAUAGAGUGGAAAGUGUUGAAGAUUUGGCCUUUGAUUGGAUCUCAAAGAAUCUAUACUGGACAGACCCUCGGUAUAGGAGUAUUAGUGUGAUGAGGCUGGCAGAUAAAUCUAGGCGAGCUAUUGUUCAGAAUUUAAAUAACCCUCGAUCAAUAGUGGUUCAUCCUGUUAUUGGGUAUAUAUUCUGGACAGAUUGGUUCCGUCCUGCUAAAAUCGUGAGAGCCUGGAGUGAUGGUUCCCAUGCCUUGCCAAUUGUGAACACAACGCUAGGCUGGCCUAAUGGCCUAGCCAUUGACUGGGGUACUUUAAGGCUGUACUGGGUGGAUGCCUUUUUCGAUAAAAUUGAGCACAGCACCUUUGAUGGGCUGGACAGACGGACACUUGAACGUAUCAGUCAGAUGACUCACCCAUUUGGCCUUACUAUUUUUGGAGGUUAUGCCUAUUUCACUGAUUGGAGACUUGGUGGAAUAGUUCGAGUGAGGAAGUCUGAUGGAGGAGAAAUGACUAUUAUUAGGAGGGGUAUUAGUAACAUUAUGCAUGUUAAAGCAUAUGAUGCUCAUUCCCAAAUAGGUUCUAACUACUGUAAUAGAGGAACAAACCCCAAUGGAGACUGCAGCCAUUUCUGCUUUCCAGUACCUAAUUUUCAGAGGGUUUGCGGUUGUCCAUAUGGCAUGAAGCUGGCUUCAAAUCAGUUGACGUGUGUUGAAGAUCCAUCCAAUGAGCCACCAACUUUGCAGUGUGGCUCAUACUCAUUUUCCUGUGGCAAUGGAAGAUGUGUGCCUCGAUACUAUCAGUGUGAUGGUGUUGAUGAUUGUCAUGAUAACAGUGAUGAGCAAAACUGUGGUUCUUUAAACAAUUCUUGUGCUUCAUCAGCCUUUACCUGUGCCAAUGGACAGUGUAUUCCAGGUCGCUGGCAUUGCGAUAAACAUAAUGACUGUUUUGAUGGCAGUGAUGAAUUGCGUUGUCCUACACAAGGACCCACUUCAUGUCCUGUAAACCUGUUCACCUGUGACAAUAACCGGUGUAUUCCUAGGAUCUGGCUGUGUGAUACUGAUAAUGACUGUGGUGAUGGGUCAGAUGAAAAAAACUGCACUUUCACAGGUACCUGUGAACCUGGGCAGUUCCAGUGUCCUGACCAUCGCUGUAUUGACCCGUACUAUGUCUGUGAUGGAGACAAAGACUGUGUGGAUGGUGCUGAUGAGCAUGACUGCGUAUACAACUGCAGUGCCACAGAGUUUAAGUGUGUAAGUGGAGACCAAUGUAUCAGUACUUAUUACCAGUGUGAUGGUGUUUUUGACUGUAAUGAUCACUCAGAUGAGACUGAUUGUCCUACAAGACCACCAGGGAUGUGCCACCAGAACGAAUUCCAGUGUCAGUCCGAUGGCAAUUGUAUUCCUGCUACCUGGGAAUGUGAUGGCCAUCUUGACUGUGCAGAUGGCUCAGAUGAACAUCAUAGGUGUCCUGCCAGGACCUGCCCUCCUUCCCUUUUCCGCUGCGACAAUGGCAACUGUGUCUAUCGAGCAUGGAUCUGUGAUGGUGAUAAUGACUGCCGGGAUAUGAGUGAUGAGAGAGAUUGUCCUACUCAGCCAUUCCGGUGCCCCAGCUGGCAGUGGCAAUGUCCAGGUCACAGUAUCUGUGUGAAUCUGAGCAAAGUAUGUGAUAAUUCUGCUGAUUGUCCCAAUGGAGCAGAUGAAUCUCCACUGUGCAAUCAGGAGAGCUGCUCUGACAAUAAUGCUGGCUGCACUCAUGAAUGUAUUCAAGGCCCUUUUGGAGCUCAGUGUACCUGUCCUAUUGGAUAUCAGCUUGCAAAUGACUCUAAGACCUGUGAAGAUAUUAAUGAAUGUGACCCUCCAGGCUUUUGUAGUCAACACUGUUACAAUGAAAGAGGUUAUUUUAGGUGCUACUGUGAUGAUGGAUACAUUCUAGAAACCAAUGGGAGGACUUGUAAAGCUGCAGAGUCUGGAAAUCUUCUCUUGCUAGUGGCAAGCCGUAACCAAAUUGUUGUAGACAACAUCACCUCUCAGUCACACAGUAUUUAUUCUCUGGUUCGAGAUGGAAGGAAUAUUGUGGCUAUUGAUUUUGAUUCAAUCACAAAUCGUAUCUUUUGGUCUGAUACAACACAAGAUAAAAUUUGGAGUGCUUAUCAAAAUGCGACAGACCGAAAAAUAGUGUUUGACAGUGGUGUCACCGUGACUGAAAGUAUAGCGGUAGACUGGGUAGGUCGCAAUCUUUACUGGACAGACUUUGUUCUGGAAACAAUUGAAGUCUCUAAAAUGGAUGGGAGCCACAGGACUGUGCUGAUUAGUGAAAAUAUAACAAACCCAAGGGGACUAGUAUUAGAUCCCAGAAUUGAUGCUCAUGUGAUGUUCUGGAGUGACUGGGGCCAAAACCCGAGAAUUGAAAAAGCCAGCAUGGAUGGCAAAAUGCGAACAGUUAUCAUUAACAAUAAAAUCUAUUGGCCCAAUGGACUCUCAAUUGAUUACCCAAAUAAGCUGCUGUAUUUUGCUGAUGCCUACCUUGAUUAUAUCGAUUUUUGUGAUUACAAUGGAAACAAUAGACGACAAGUGGUUGCAAGUGAUUUGAUAUUGCAGCAUCCGCAUGCUCUAACUGUCUUUGAAGACUUUGUGUACUGGAGUGACCGGUACACUAAUCGGGUAAUUCGGGCCAAUAAGUGGCAUGGAGGAAACCAAACAGUUAUGAUUUAUAACAUUCACCAGCCUCUGGGGCUUGUGGCAGUCCAUCCUGUAAAGCAACCUCAUGAUAUCAAUUCUUGUUCAUCUUCUCCCUGUAGCCACCUCUGCUUGCUUUCUUCAUCUGGGCCAUUUUUUUUUUCCUGUGCUUGUCCUUCAGGAUGGGAGCUUUCUCCUGAUAACAGAAACUGCAUGAGAGUUGAACAGCCUUUCCUUAUUGCUGUAAGAGAUAAUAUAAUUUAUGGAAUUUCUCUGAACCCUGAGGAGAAGACUAAUGAUGCCAUGGUUCCAAUAGCAGGAGUUCAAAAUGGUGUUGAUGUUGACUUUGAUGACACAGAACAAAUGAUUUAUUGGGUUGAAAAUCCGGGUGAAAUUCACAGAGUGAGGUCAGAUGGAACGAAUAGGACCGUUUUUGCUCCAGCAGCCGUUAUUGGUGCUCCUAUUGGCCUGGCAUUGGACUGGAUAUCUGCAAACCUGUAUUACAGUAAUCCAGGAACACAGUCAAUUGAGGUCCUGAAGCUGCAUGGUGAAGUAAAGUACAGGAAAACUCUGAUCACCAACGAUGGUACCUCAGUUGGAGCUGGCAACCCGAUUGGUUUGACUGUUGAUCCAGCAAGAGGGAAGCUGUACUGGACAGACCAGGGAACUGACAGUGGAGUCCCUGCCAAGGUUGCCAGUGCAAACAUGGAUGGCUCAGACAUACAAACCCUCUUCACUGGCAACCUUGAUCAUGUAGAGUUCAUUACCAUUGACAUUAAGGAACAAAAGUUGUACUGGGCUGUCACAAGCACAGGAACGAUUGAAAAAGGCAAUGUGGAUGGUACAAAUCGUGUGACUCUAGUGGUUCAUCUUUCUCACCCAUGGGGAGUUGCUGUGUAUGAUACCUUUUUGUACUAUACUGAUCGAGAUUAUGAAGUCAUUGAACGAGUUGACAAAUCCACUGGAGCAAACAAAGUAUUGCUGAGAGAUAAUAUCCCAAGACUGAAGUGCCUGCGAGUUUAUUACAGAGACAAUUCUGCUGGUUCUUCAAACGGCUGCAGUAAUAAUAUUGGAGUUUGUCAGCAGCUUUGCCUGCCUGUACCUGGUGGAUUAUUCUCCUGUGCCUGCGCUACAGGCUUUCAGCUAAAUCCUGAUAACAGAACCUGUUCCCCAUACAGUUCUUUUGUAAUUGUUUCUAUGCUUUCUGCAAUUAAAGGAUUUAGUUUAGAGACAUCUGAUCAUUCUGAAGCCAUGGUACCACUGGCAGGAAGAGGACGCAACGCACUUCAUGUGGAUGUUCACAUGCCGUCUGGUUUCAUCUACUGGUGUGACUUCAGCAGCACAGUUUCUUCUCAGAAUGCAAUACGUAAAAUUAAACCUGAUGGUUCUUAUUUUAGAAAUGUUAUUACCAAUGGAAUAGGACGAAAUGGAAUUCGUGGCAUUGCAGUUGACUGGGUAGCAGGAAAUCUUUAUUUUACAAAUGCUUUCCUGACAGAGACUUUUAUAGAAGUUUUGCGUUUAAACACAACUUAUCGCCGCGUUCUGCUUAAAACUACAGUAGAUAUGCCAAGGCACAUAGUAGUAGACCCAAAAAACAGGUAUCUGUUCUGGGCAGAUUACGGACAGAAUCCAAAGAUCGAACGUGCAUUUCUUGACUGCACCAACAGAACAGUGCUUGUGUCUGAGGGCAUUGUCACACCUCGUGGUUUGGCCAUAGAUCACAGCAAUGGCUACAUUUACUGGGUGGAUGAUUCCUUAGAUAUGAUUGCAAGAAUUCAGCCUGAUGGUGGUGAUGUUGAAAUUGUGCGUUACGGCAGUCGCUAUCCAACUCCAUAUGGUAUCACUGUCUUUGAAAAUUCCAUGAUCUGGGUGGACAGGAACCUGAAGAAAGUCUUCCAAGCCAGCAAGGAGCCAGGCAAUACAGAUCAGCCAACUGUUAUACGAGACAACAUUAAUUGGCUAAGGGAUGUUACCAUUUACAACAGUCGUUUCCAGUCACGUUCACCCCUUGACGUCAACAACAAUCCUUGUCUGGAGAACAACGGAGGCUGUUCCCAUCUAUGUUUUGCCCUGCCGGAUUUGCAAACACCCAAAUGUGGUUGUGCCUUUGGAACGCUAGGCAGCGAUGGCAAGAGAUGUUCCAUUUCAACAGACGAUUACUUGAUUUUUGCCCUUGAGAAUGCCCUCAGAAGCAUCCACCUGGAUCCUGAAAAUCACAGUCCCCCUUUCCGCACAGUCAAUGUUUUAAGAACUGCAGUGGCCCUAGACUUUGACAGCUUGAACAACCGAAUAUAUUUUACACAAAGUUCCCCCUCAGGGACAGGAAGAAUCAGUUAUGUUAGUAUUUACUCAGGAAUUGGCACUCCAACAGUAGUUGCAUCAGAUCUGGGGACUCCAGAUGGCAUAGCCUUUGACUGGAUCAAUAGCAGAAUUUACUACAGUGACUACCUCAAUCAGACUAUCAGCUCAAUGGCGGUGGAUGGCUCUAAUCGCACGGUGAUCGCCCGGGUUCCACGACCAAGAGCCAUUGUAUUAGAUCCCUGCAGAGGGUAUAUGUACUGGACUGACUGGAGUUCCAAUGCAAAGAUAGAACGAGCUACACUUGGAGGAAACUUCAGAACACCUGUUGUUAGCACCAAUUUAGUAUGGCCGAACGGGCUCACCUUGGACUAUGAAGAACAGCAGCUAUACUGGGCUGAUGCAAAUCUGCAGAAGAUAGAGCGAUGCACGCUCACUGGUACAAACCGUGAGGUAAUUGUUAGCACUGCUCUGCAUCCAUUUGCAGUUACUUUGUUUGAUCAGCACGUUUACUGGACAGACUGGAACACACGAAGCAUUUACCGAGCUAAUAAGUAUGAUGGUUCAGAUCAGAUUGUAAUGAUCAUGAAUCUGCCACAGAGACCAAUGGAUAUUCAUGUCUGGGCAAAGAGUAAGCAGCAGCAGUGUACCAAUCCUUGCAACCAGUUCAACGGUGGUUGCAGUCACAUCUGUGCACCAGGUCCAGCUGGUGCAGAAUGUCAGUGCCCCUCCGAAGGUCGCUGGUAUUUAGCCAAUAAUAACAAGCACUGUAUUGUGGAUAACGGUACCAGGUGUGAGGCUGGUUUCUUCACAUGCCUUAAUGGGCGGUGUAUCUCAGAGCGGUGGAAAUGCGACAAUGACAAUGAUUGUGGUGAUGGCAGUGAUGAGCUGGAGAAUGUGUGUGCUUUUCACACUUGUCAGCCAACAGCUUUUACCUGUGGCAAUGGGCGAUGUGUACCCUAUCAUUACCGCUGUGAUCACUACAAUGACUGUGGAGACAACAGUGACGAAGCUGGCUGCUUGUUCCGAACUUGUGACUCCCACACAGAAUUUUCUUGUAAUAAUGGAAGGUGUAUAUCUCUUCAGUAUGUCUGCAAUGGUGUAAACAACUGUUACGAUAACGGCACAUCCGAUGAGAGAAAUUGCCCGGAGCGCACUUGCCAAUCUGGUUUUACAAAAUGUCAAAGCACAAACAUUUGCAUACCUCGAACGUAUUUGUGUGAUGGGGAUAAUGACUGUGGAGAUAUGAGUGAUGAGAGCCCUACUCACUGUGUCUCACUGACUUGCACAAAUAGUGAGUUUCGUUGUACAUCGGGACGUUGUAUUCCUGCUCAUUGGUACUGUGAUCAAGGAAUAGACUGUGCGGAUGGCUCUGAUGAACCUGCCUCUUGUGUACCCCAAAUGCGGACUUGUUCAAGCGACCAGUUCAGAUGUGAUGAUGGCAGAUGUAUCCCAGCAACGUGGAUCUGCGAUGGUGAUAAUGACUGUGGAGAUAUGAGUGAUGAGGAUCAAAGACACAAUUGUGCAAACCGCAACUGCACAGCAGUGGAGUUCAUGUGUGCCAAUAAUCAGCCCCCGCUCAGGAGGUGUAUUCCUCAGGCAUGGGUCUGUGAUGGCGAUGCUGACUGCAGUGAUGCUUUUGAUGAACACCAGAACUGCACACGAAGAUCUUGUACAGAAAAUGAGUUCACUUGUAAUAAUGGCUUAUGUAUCCGAAACACAUACAGAUGUGACAGACGGAAUGACUGUGGUGACAGCAGUGAUGAAAGGGGGUGCAUCUAUGAAGCAUGUCAACAGCACCAGUUUACCUGUCAGAAUGGGCGCUGCAUUUCCAAGGCUUACAUCUGUGACGGGGAUAAUGACUGUGGUGAUGAAUCUGAUGAGCUGGAACAUCUCUGUAGUACACCAGAAGCAACUUGUUCUCCCCAUCAUUUUAAAUGUGACAAUGGAAACUGCAUUGAAACGGUUAAAGUCUGCAAUCGGUUGGAUGAUUGCUUAGACAAUAGCGAUGAAAAAGGAUGUGGUGUAAAUGAAUGCAGUGACCCUUCAAUCAGUGGGUGUGAUCAUGACUGCACCGACACCCAGACAAGUUUCUACUGUUCUUGCCAUCCUGGAUACAAACUUAUGUCUGAUAAACGGACUUGUGAUGAUAUAGAUGAGUGCAAUGAAACUCCAUCAGUAUGUAGCCAGAUUUGUGAGAACACAGCUGGCUCCUACAUCUGUAAGUGUGCCCCAGGCUAUAUCCGGGAGCCUGAUGGAAAAAGUUGCCGACAAAAUAGUAAUAUCUCCCCAUACCUUAUUUUUAGCAACCGUUACUAUCUGAGAAAUCUCACAGCAGAUGGCCAGUCUUACUCUCUCAUUUUGCAAGGACUGAGAAAUGUUGUGGCACUGGACUUUGACAGGGUGGAAAAAAGGUUGUACUGGAUUGAUGUGGGGAGGAAGGUCAUUGAACGAAUGUUCCUAAAUGGAACAAAUAAGGAGGCUGUAAUAAGUGAUGAUGUGCCCAGCGGGGAAGGUAUCGCUGUUGACUGGGUUGGCAGAAAACUCUACUGGGUGGAUGCCUACAAAGAUUGUCUCUACGUUGCUGAACUUGAUGGAAGAUUCCGGAAAAAGCUGGUAGAUCGGUGUAUGGAUGUCAACAACACUUUCUGCUUUCAGUACCCCAGAGCAAUUGUUGUCCAUCCAAAAUACGGACAGAUUUACUGGACAGACUGGGCAGAUCGAGCCUAUUUAGAAUGGCCCAAUGGACUCACCAUAGAUUACACCAACGACAAGCUCUACUGGGCAGAUGCCCAUCUAAAUUACAUUGAGUACUCUGACCUGGAUGGACAUCAUCGUCACACAGUAUACGAUGGGACUUUACCUCAUCCAUUUGCAAUUACAAUUUUUGAAGACACGAUAUAUUGGACUGACUGGAACACAAGAACUGUCGAAAAGGGAAAUAAAUAUGAUGGGUCAGGCAGGAGUGUUCUUGUGAAUACCACACACAGGCCAUUUGACAUCCAUGUCUACCAUCCAUACAGACAGCCAUUUGUUAAUAAUCCUUGUGGCACCAACAAUGGUGGUUGUUCCCAUCUUUGUCUAAUAAAAGCUGGUGGUCAGGGUUAUUCCUGUGAAUGUCCUGAUAACUUCAUGAUAGUGCAGUUCGGUGAUACAGCCCACUGCCUUCCAAUGUGCUCUAGCACCCAGUUUCUCUGUGCAGACACUGAAAGAUGUAUUCCUAUCUGGUGGAAAUGUGAUGGACAGAGGGAUUGUCGAGAUGGCUCUGAUGAGCCCCCUACCUGUCCACAGCGAUACUGUCCUGUUGGUCAGUUCCAGUGUAAUGAUGGGAACUGCACAAGUCCACAUUUCUUGUGCAAUACCCUGCCAGAUUGCCAUGACAGAUCAGAUGAAGAUCCUGUACUUUGUGCUAAUCACCAGUGUGAGACCCAUCAGUGGCAGUGUGCCAAUAAACGAUGUAUCCCAGAAGCCUGGCAGUGUGAUAGAGAAGAUGACUGUGGUGAUAACUCAGAUGAAGAUAGUACUCACUGUGCCAGUAGAACUUGUUCUCCAGGCCAAUUUAAAUGUGACAAUGGCCGCUGCAUCCCGCAGUCCUGGAAGUGUGAUGUGGAUGAUGAUUGUGGUGAUAACUCUGAUGAGCCAUUCCAUGAAUGCAUGGGCCCUGCCUAUCGCUGUGACAACCACACAGAAUUCAGCUGUAGAACCAACUACCGUUGCAUAGCAUUGUGGGCAGUGUGCAAUGGGAAUGAUGACUGCAGGGACAACAGUGACGAGCAAGGCUGUGAAGAGAUGACUUGCAGUCCUUCUGGAGACUUCCGCUGUGAUAAUCAUCGAUGUAUCCCACUGCGCUGGAAGUGUGAUGGAGAUGAUGACUGUGGAGAUGAUUCUGAUGAGCACAACUGCAGUCCUCGGGAAUGUACAGAAAGUGAAUACCGUUGUGACAAUUUGCGUUGCAUUCCGUCCCGGUGGAUAUGUGAUCACGACGAUGACUGUGAAGACAAUUCAGAUGAACGUGACUGUGAGCUGAGGACCUGUCACCCAGGUUAUUUCCAGUGUGAGAGUGGACACUGCAUUGCAGAGCGCUUCAGAUGCGACGGAAAUGCAGACUGCCUUGACUUCUCUGAUGAAGCAACUUGUCCAACACGAUAUCCUAAUGGCACAUAUUGUCCACCCAUGCUGUUUGAAUGUAAAAACCAUGUGUGUAUCCAGCCAUACUGGAAAUGUGAUGGUGAUAAUGACUGUGGAGAUAACUCUGAUGAAGAACUUCACCUUUGCUUGGAUGUUGCUUGUGAACCUCCAUUCCGUUUCCGGUGCGAAAACAAUCGCUGCAUAUACAGUCAUGAGCUGUGCAACCAGGAAGAUGACUGUGGAGAUGGAAGUGAUGAGAAAGAGGAACACUGUAGAGAGCCAACCCCGAGACCUUGUACAACUGAUGAAUUCAAGUGCAGUAAUGGAAAUUGCAUUUCUCUACAUUAUGUGUGUGACAAUUAUGAUGACUGUGGAGACCAUUAUGAUGAAAUGGGCUGCAAUCCUGGAACAGAACGAACUUGUGCAGAAAAUAUUUGCGAACAGAACUGUACCAACUUGAAUGAAGGAGGCUUUAUCUGUUCCUGUAGGCCAGGGUACAAAGCCAAUGAACUUAACCGAAACUCCUGUGAUGAUAUCAAUGAAUGUGAGAUCUUUGGAACAUGCACCCAGGACUGCCAGAAUUCCAAAGGAAGCUACGAAUGUUUCUGUGCAGAUGGCUUCAGGUCUGUGGGUGAUCAACAAGGGAAACAGUGUGCAGCCAACGGUAAUCCUCCGUUAUUACUGCUGCCAGAUAACGUGCGGAUUCGAAGAUACAAUAUCUCAUCAGCGCAGUACUCUGACUAUAUCGAUAACCAGGAACGCAUCCAAGCUAUAGAUUAUGAUUGGGACCCUGAAGGGAUAGGCCUGAGUAUUGUGUACUUCAGCAUUCUGGGACAGGGCUCUGACUUUGGAUCCAUCAAACGUGCUUAUCUGCCCACAUUUGACAGCAGUAGAAACAAUCCUACAAAGGAAGUUGACCUGAAUCUCAGAUACAUAGUUAAUCCUGAUGGGUUAGCAGUUGACUGGGUUGGAAGGCAUCUUUAUUGGACUGAUGCAGGGACCAAUCGUAUAGAAGUGGCAAAGUUAGAUGGACGGUACAGAAAAUGGCUUAUCUCUUCUCUACUGGAUCAACCAGCAGCUAUUGCUGUCAAUCCAAAACUUGGGUUCAUGUAUUGGACUGACUGGGGAAGGCAGCCAAAGAUUGAACGUGCCUGGAUGGACGGACAGCAAAGACAAACUCUGGUCUCUGAAGACCUUGGCUGGCCAACAGGUCUUUCUAUUGAUUAUUUGAACAAUGACAGGAUCUAUUGGAGUGAUUCUAAAGAAAAUAUUAUUGAAUCCAUGAGACCUGAUGGGACAGACAGAACCGUAGUAUUACACGGAGUAGGCAGUCCGUACAGCCUUGAUGUCUUUGAAGGCCAUUUAUACUGGGUAGCUAAAGAACGAGGAGAAGUCUGGAAGAAAGAUAAAUUUGGAAGUGGAGAAAAAGUAAAAGUGCUGACUGUAAAUCCCUGGCUCACUCAAGUGCGCAUCUAUCACCAACACAGAUACAAUCAGUCAGUGCCUAAUCCUUGUAAAGAUGUCUGCAGCCAUCUCUGCUUGCUGAGACCAGGGGGAUAUACCUGCGCUUGUCCUCAAGGGACACGAUUCGUAGAAGGCAGCAGCACAGAGUGUGAUGCAGCCAUUGAAUCCCCUCCGACAAUGCCACCAGCAUGCAGGUGCAUGUAUGGAGGAACUUGUUAUAUAGAUGAGAGUGGUCUUCCAAAAUGCAAGUGUUCUUAUGGCUACACUGGGAAUUACUGUGAAAUAGGAUUGUCAAGGGGAAUGCCUCCUGCAACAACAGCAGUAGCGGUGUUGCUGACAGUCAUACUAAUCAUAAUAAUUGGCGUGUUAGCAGUUGGAGGCUUUUUUAACUACAGACGAACAGGUUCCCUUUUACCAGCUCUUCCCAAACUACCAAGUUUAAGCAGUCUUGUAAAAUCUACUGAAAAUGGCAAUGGGGUAACUUUCCGAUCUGGAGCAGAUAUGAGUAUGGACAUAGGAGUCUCUGGUUUUAGAGCUGAUUCUGCUAUAGACAGAGCAAUGCAGAUGAAUGAAAACUUUGCGGUGGAGUCGGGGAAACAGCCAAUCACAUUUGAAAAUCCAAUGUACGCAACUAGAGAUAGCGGAGCCAGUGGAGCAAGCACCGUUUCAGUGAUUCAGCCAACAUAUGCAACAGCAGCUGGUAGUGAGGAAAAUGAAAAUUUUGAAAAUCCUAUGUAUGCCUCUGUAAUAUCUGCUAGUCCAAAGGAACCUCCUCAGAGUACAGAUGCACCUCAGGAAUCAAAAUGGGGUUUCUUCAAGAGAAAACUGAAACAAAACACUAAUUUUGAAAACCCAAUAUAUGCAGAGAUGGAAAAGGAACAGCAUCAGGACACAGAAAAUGUUCCUUCCCCUUCUCCUUCACUGCCUCCUAAGAUUACUCUGAAGAGAGACCAACCAUUAGCUUAUACAGCAACAGAGGAUACAUUUAAAGAUACCGCCAGUCUUGUUAAAGAGGACUCUGUUGUAUAACUAGGUAACUGAUUUAGGGGAAAAUUAGACACAUCCAUUUGCACAUAUAUUUUUUAUAACAGAAGAAGGUUCACAUUCAAAUGCUUUAUAAAAAUAUAUACACUUUUCAGCCAGUGGCUGGAGAUGUAUGUUGAAACUAUGCCUUGUUUUUUUUUGUUUUGGUUUUUUUUUUUGGACGAAUGCCAACUGCUAUUUUUAUGAACAAUUAUCAUGAUGUACUAUAUGUAUAUCUUUGCACUGAAGCUGUCUGAAAGUAAUAUUAUAAAUAUAUUGUACAUUUGUAAAUUUUUGAAAGAUUAUCUUGUUGAUAUUGCUAGUAGAAAUCUGUAUGGAAUUGGUUGUAUCUUUAGGGAUAAAUUCAUUAUAUAAAUGCUUAAACUAAAAAAAAACAAGGCAAAUAUAGGAACGUUACUGAUUUACAGGAUCUUUAGAGCAUAUAUUUAUAAUAACACCUUCAAAAACUUGUACUGGUGCUCUGGGCGUCUUUACCACCUAUUUUGUAUACUACUGUAUGGAAAAAUGGGUGUCUCUGCUUGUCGUGCAUUAAACAAAAGAUAGAAAAGUCAAUGCAAAAUAGUUAGGCUGAAUAGUUACCUGUGCAAAACAUUGUUCUUGCAGUAUUUUAUCUGACUGAGAUAGAAUAAUUUCCUCUCAAUCUGUAAGACACUUACUUUUUCUCCAAUUAAAACACUCCGUUAAUAGUGCUCUUAAAAAGAUCUGAUAUAUUUAGCUUAUAGUGCCAUGAGUAAUUUCAUACUUAAUUUAAUGAGAUUUUCUCCUGCUCGUUAAUGGAAUAGCUCUGUUCUUGGCUGGAGUCUCUGGAAGUCAUGUAUACUGUUAAAUGAGGUAGCUAGAUUUCUAUAACACCUUAUUUCCAAACAGCAAAAUACAGAAGAUAUUGGUUCAUUUAAGAAGUGAUUCAGGUUUUUUAAUGUGAAAAUUUAAUUUUAUUGACUAUUUAUUUCCUGAGGUGGACAUUAAUAGAAAGGGAAACAGUUUCUACUGAAUGCAGUCUUUGUAGUUAUCUGGUUAUUUUCAUAAUCUUCUAUCAGAAUGUACUGUACCUGUUACUAGCUUUUCUAUUAAUUAGCCAAGGUAGUUUCCACAACAUGAACCAUUCGAGGAGAGUCUGAGUACCACUGCAGGAACAUGUUAUUCAGCAUUCCUGGCUAGCUACUCAUAUAUUUUAAAGAUUUCUAAAUUUAUAAUCAUUGAGACUUCUGCUAUGUGAUUGUUUUAUACCUGAGUUCUCAAAAUACAUACUAUUUCUAUUAGAAUAUUUGUAAUUACCCUGUAAUGUACUUUGAUUAGAAAAGACAACUG